AUGAAAUGGAGAAAAGAUGCAAAAGAAGGAAUUGUUGUUGCUGGAGGAAAUCUCAAUCAGUUGUAUUAUCCUGAAGGAAUAAUUGUGGAUCAUUUAGGUCAAAUCUAUGUGGCAUAUAGUGGGAAUCAUCGAGUAAUGCGUUGGUUUGAAGGAAAAGAAGAAGGUGAAAUUGUUGUUGGUAGAUAUGGCCGAGGAAAUCAACCAAAUCAAUUGAAUAAACCCACUGGUUUAUCUUUUGACGAUGAAGGAAAUCUUUAUGUUGUUGAUUUUUUAAAUCAUCGAGUUGAAAAAUUUGAAAUAAUUUUGUAA